GGCCAGCCCACCAGCACCAACCCGCCGGUCUCCCCCUGCGAGAGCUCUCCCGAAGCUACAGCCACGUUGUCCACGGCCUCUUGCACCAUAGAGGGGAAACAGACCAUGGUGAACCCAGGCAGCAGCUCGCAGCCUCCCCCGGUCACCAGUGGCUCCCUCUCAUGGAAAAGAUGUGCAGGCUGCGGGGGGAAGAUUGCUGAUCGCUUCUUGCUCUAUGCCAUGGAUAGCUAUUGGCACAGCCGGUGCCUGAAGUGCUCCUGCUGCCAAGCCCAGCUGGGAGAAAUUGGUACGUCCUGCUACACUAAGAGCGGCAUGAUCCUGUGCAGAAACGACUACAUCAGGUUAUUUGGAAAUAGCGGCGCUUGCAGUGCUUGUGGGCAGUCAAUUCCUGCUAGUGAGCUGGUUAUGAGAGCACAAGGGAAUGUCUAUCAUCUUAAGUGUUUUACGUGCUCUACCUGCCGGAAUCGCCUGGUCCCUGGAGACAGGUUUCACUACAUCAAUGGCAGUUUAUUCUGCGAACAUGAUAGACCUACAGCCCUCAUCAAUGGUCAUUUGAAUUCACUUCAGAGCAAUCCACUACUGCCAGACCAGAAGGUCUGCUAAAAGGUCAGAGUACUGCAGAAUGCGUGCCUUCAUCUCAAACUUUGUUCAUCACAGAUGGAUCCCAUGUCUCCAGUAGACAAGUCACCUUUGUAGCUAGCAUCAAUGCCAGCUCCAUGCCAUUGCACCUUCUUUACUCUUGGUUGCCCUUCCCACAUUUAUUGGUGUAUUAAAAUGACUGAAAAUGAACAUUAAGGACUCCAUGAAUUUGGGCUAUUGGGAGACUGUAGAGGAAAUGGAGAAAAAUGUCCACCAGAAGAGAACAACUUUGGGUGGGGAGGGAGUGGGGAAAAUGACUAAUGAAGCUAAUUAAGAUAAGCUUUUGAGUCUGCUUUCUACCCUCAUUAACAAUUAGCAGGGCACUGGUCAGAAUGUGUACCCUGUGUUUUACCUUAACAACAUUCUCUUUGCUCUUUGUAUAUUUAAGUGUUGUAAGGAAAUGUGUUUCAAAACUCAAAACAUGAGAUAAAGGAAAGAUGGGGCUCUUGUGAUAUUCUAUCACAAACACUUUUAUUGUAUCUCUGUAAAAUACAAUGUAUGUAUGCAUGUAAGUGUUUUUUUUGUCCUAAUGUUGCUACUUCCCAUGACACAAAAAAGAAAAAAAAUCAAGCUCAUAGCAGCUACUGUGUAGAAAUUUUCACCUACUUCUAAUUUGCUGAAUGAAGAAGAAGAAAACUUUUAUUUGUGAUACUUUCAGAGACAUUUGCUCUAGUAUGGUGUAUUUAAAUAAUAAAAACAUAAAAUGAAAAUA